AUGAAGCCUCUAAUAGAUUUUGAUGAAUGCCUCAGAGAUUCGCCCAAAUUUAGGGAACAGCUGGAAACUGAAGAGGCUAAUAUUGAGGGAUUGGAACAAAAGCUUGAUAAAGUUCUUAAGACAUGUUCUGUUAUGAUUGAAUCGGGCAAAACAUACAUGAAUCAUAGGAGCACUUUCACAAAUGCACUAUGGGAUCUGAGCAGUAGCUUUUCAGAAGAUUCAACCGUGGUUUCAGCAUUGCAUAGAAUGAUACAUGCUUUGCAAGAAAUGACCAAGUUCCAUUCAAUAUUAUUGGAUCAAGCCGCAAGAACAAUACUUAAGAAUCUUACAGCUUUUAUUAAAGUUGACAUUAAAGGUGUUAAAGAAAGCAAACAUCAUUUUGAUAAAAUCUCAAAUGAAUUGGAUAUAGUAUUAAAUAGAAAUUCACAGGUAUCUCGUCAUAAGUCCACCGAUGUGGAGGAAGUCAUGAAUCUCUUACUAGCAACUCGAUCAUGUUUCCGGCACACAGCACUUGAUCAUGUACAGAAGAUUACGAUGCUUCAAGUGAGAAAACGUCAUGAGAUAUUGGCUACGUUCCUAUCGUAUUUGCAAGCGUGUAGCACAUACAACCACCAGGGCGCGGAUUUGUCUGAAGAUUUGGAACCAUUUCUUAAAUCCACCGCUGACGAGAUUGCAACAAUGCGUAACGAUACCAAAUCGUUGGACAAAGAAAUGGAGAAUCGUCAUACUAUAGUUAAUAGUAAGGAUACUGUGUUACCGAGUUGUAUGAAAAUUGAUGGAGAAAAGGAAGGCAUGAUGAGUCCUUGUAUGAAGAACAUGCCAAGGAUGCAAGGAUAUCUCUUCAAACGAACAUCAAACGCCUUCAAGACGUGGAACAGAAGAUGGUUCUAUUUAUACGAUAAUCGACUCGUCUAUAGGAAAAGAACCGGUGAAUUAAACGUCACUGUUAUGGAAGAAGAUUUGAGACUGUGUACCGUUAAGCCGGUGUAUGACGGAGAAAGGAGGUUCUGUUUUGAAGUGUUAUCACCAUCUAAGAGUCACAUGCUUCAAGCGGAUUCGGAGGAAAUGUUAAACUCGUGGAUCGCAGCCCUACAGAACGGUAUACGGUCCGCCAUACAACAAGGACAGAGCAGAGACAACCCUGACUCACAGAUGGUGUUAGUUCCCGACGAUACAAAACAGACGAACAAACAUAACUUGACACCCGCCAUGAAGAAAAUACGGAUCUGGGAGCAGUUGUUAAGUAUCCCCGGGAACAACGAGUGUUGCGACUGUGGCGCCCCCAACCCGCGCUGGGCCAGCAUCAACCUGGGAAUAACGCUAUGUAUAGAAUGUUCUGGCAUACAUCGCUCUCUCGGCGUCCACGUUAGCAAAGUACGAUCACUAACACUAGACGACUGGGAACCCGACAUUAUAAAGGUGAUGGCUGAAUUAGGUAAUAAAGUAGUUAAUUUAAUAUACGAAGCUAAUACUGAGGAUGCAACAGUGACUCGAGCGACGCCGGAUUGUGAGACAUCUGUACGCGAGGCGUGGAUAAGAGCUAAGUACGUUAAACUAGAGUUCGUUCGUAACAUCAUACAUACAAACAUUGAGGUUCACGACACGCCGCUUAGAAACGGUAGGAGGUGGUCUGUGAGGCGAGCCAGGAGGAGAGUUCGCGCCCCCGCCGCUGUACCGGAGACGAUACCCGAUGAGAAGAGUGAUGUCAACAGUAACACGAGCGAGAGUUCUUCGUCGGGCAGCCCCGUAUUGUUGAUAGGCACGGAGUUAGUGGCCCCUAGGCCGCUACAUCUGGCAUUGCCUUCCGACCACGACUCAACUGAGGGAGAAGAAGACGAUAUAGCCGCAGAAGAUAUCUCGAGUCUAUCUCCGUCUUCAGUGUUAUUCCGCGCGGCCCGCGCUCACAACGUGUGUGUGAUGCGCGCGUCGCUGGCGGCCGGCGCGGACGUCUGUCACACCGACCGCGAUAAACGGACUCCGCUACACGCGGCUGUACUCAGUGGUUCAGUGAUGGCGUGUUCGUUCCUGCUCCUCAACGGCAGUAAGCUCAACUGUCAAGAUGAAGACGGUAUGACGCCGCUACACCUGGCCACGGAGGCGGGACACACCGGACAGGUGUGUCUCCUUCUCCGCUACAAAGCCGACCAGUCGUUGUGUGACACACAGGGACGAACUCCGCUAGACAUCGCUGUCUCACACGCCAACGCUGACAUCGUCACACUUCUCCGUCUGACGAAGUUGAACGAGGAGAUGCGUGAGAGCGAGAUGGCUUCAAACGACGACACUUACAACGAGGUGUUCAGAGACUACACGCAGCUGGCGCACUCGCACCCGGAGAGACUGGUGAACAAACCAGUGAAUGACGAAGGCAUAGGAAGUUUCGGCGACUACAGAUGUGGUGGCGAGACCAGUGAUGUAGAAUAG